AUGGUCUGCUCCGCGCAAUAUCAGGUCGACAAGGCCGCAUCCCGAGCCCAGCAGAAGCCAUCAUCUUCAUCCAAGAGCGGUUCGAAACAGGUAUUCGAUGCCCUACGUGUCAUGCCUCAGGUAAAGAGGUGUGGGUACUACCCGGAAAAGAGUGCGGCUACUGCGGCACCCCCUGCGGCUAGGCCAGCUCAUUCCCAAUGCCCCCUCGAUCUGAACAGGAGCCAAGUUGCUCGGACUGUGAUGCGAUGA